UAUUUUUGCAAACCGACGUAAACACGGACCGUUGCACGCAAGAAUUUUUUUUUUUGGAAAAAAAUACUUCGGUGAAAGACGCUUUCUAAUUGUCAGUUAAAUAAAUCGCCUUCCCCCAAACUCUCACACACACACCCACACAAUGGCUGGCAAUGACAAUGGCAAUUAUAUGAUGAAUUUUGAAAAUAUCCUUGAAGAUGGGAAAGAACCAGUUAUGACCAAAGAAUACAAUCCAUUGGUAGCAUUUAAAUUAGAAAAGAAUCUCGAUCCAACAAAACUGAAAAAACAUGUCCUGCAAAGUGAAAGAAUACGCCAGCUAAUCGAUUACUAUGCGGCCAAACAAAACUGUCCCGCCAAACAGAUGCAACAAUUGGUGUCUGAGAUAUUGGACGAAAUUGGUUUGGAUCGCAAUUUGGCCAUUAUACGCUGGUGUGGCAUUGCCAUAACAGCCAUUGGCAAGCGCAUCUGUAAGGGAAUCUAUGUGAACAAGGCCAGCAUGGAUCACCUGAAGCAGGGUUUGGGCAAAAAUCCCGUACUCUAUUUGCCCAGUCAUCGAAGUUACAUGGACUUUAUAUUGAUGUCAUAUAUUUGUUUUCAUUAUGACAUUGAAAUACCGGGAAUUGCUGCUGGAAUGGAUUUCCAUUCCAUGUUUGCCAUGGGCACAAUGCUGAGAAAAACCGGUGCCUUCUUUAUGCGACGCUCCUUUUCGAAUGAUGAGUUGUAUUGGGACGUAUUUCGCGAAUAUAUGUAUGCCUUGGUUGGUUCCUAUCACAUAGGUGUGGAGUUCUUUAUUGAGGGCACCCGAAGUCGCAACUUCAAGGCCUUGGUACCGAAAGUUGGCUUGCUGUCAAUGGCCUUACAACCCUUUUUUACGGGAGAAGUUUCGGACAUAACUAUAGUUCCCGUCAGCGUCUCAUAUGAACGAGUUUUGGAGGAACAAUUGUUUGUUUACGAGCUGUUGGGUGUGCCCAAGCCUAAAGAGUCGACAAAGGGCUUCUUUAAGGCCUUGAAAAUAAUUGAUGAGAAUUUUGGUAAAAUGUAUUUGGACUUUGGUGAGCCCAUUUCGGUAAAGGACUUCUUUGGCGAAAGCUGCAGUUUGGAUAAAAUGAAAAGGGCCACACUGGGUUCACAUUUGCAGAAAUUAAAUAAACAUGAAAUAGAAUUGGUUAAGAAGUUGGCCACGGAGAUUAUCUACCAACAACAAAGACGCAUUGUUAUAACAACUUUUAAUAUGAUAAGCCUAUAUUUUGCCAGCCAAUAUUAUAUGGAUAAAUCCUUGAAUGUUGAUGAAAUCUCGCGUGGCAUUAUUAUGCUCAAGGAUAUGUUUGAGAAGUUGGGCGCCCACGUGGCCACCGAUGUGAAUUGCAUAAAACCGGAAAUUAUUGAAACCGUUGAAAUACACUCAAAUAUUGUGCAUUUUAAGCAAGGACGUCUGGAGUUCACACAAGUACCGGUAGAAUUGUUGGCCCAGGAAAUUGAUAUCAGUCGUCUGAAAGCCCACGCCCUAUCACCUCGGACCAUGGCUGUGGCUGUGCCCAGUAUGGCAUUGCAGUUGUAUAUGAAUCCCUGUCUGUUUUGGCUUGCCAGGCCUGGCUAUCUGAUUAUGGCCGCACUACAAUUGGAGGAGCAACAGCAAAAAAUGAGCAAACAAAUCUCAGGAUCACACGAGGAAACUAUUUUACGUUUAUCCCAACAAGUUGAUGCCUUGGAUGAGGUAUUUAAACAUGAAUUCAUUGUCGAAUCUAAUCGGGAAUUGGAGGAAUUUGAGCAUAAUUUGAAAUUUCUAAAAGAUUAUGGAGUUUUGCACAUCUCCCAGAUGGGAUCUGUGCAAGUUCAACAUAAUGAAUGUAGCCGCAGUAUCCUUACGGCCCUCUCACCAUUCCUGUGUCUUUACUAUCAACUUGUUGUUGCCUUGAAUUCGCUUGCCACGGAGAACGAUGAGUUCUCACCAAAAACCAUUUUGAAAGCUGUACAAAAACAGAUUGAAUCAAUGCUGUUAACAAAUAGCUGUCCACUACACGUCCAUCCCUAUUGUUUGGCAUUGGAUAAUCUAAACAUAGCCUUACACUCUCUGGUACAGAGUUCGUAUUUGCUGCGUAAUCGUGAAACGGGUAAUUUUAAAAUAUCUCCAAACAAGUCGUUGCAUGAUUUGGAGGAAUUUCUGCUGGCAUUUUGCAAUUUGAUGCCAUUUAAACAGUAUUGGCAAUGUGCCAUAUCAUCAAAGUUAUAACUUUCAGCCGACUUGAAGCAGAGCGCCAACAACAAAAUCACCUCAUUUCUGCAAAGAGUUAAGAAGGUCGUUCAUUCAUUGCUCACAUAUGCCCGCAUUCUAGGUACAUUGGUUGUUAUUGUCAUGGUAAUGCCAUUGUUUCAUUUCAUAUGUAAUCAUUUAGAUUUAAAUUAAUUUUAAGUUUAAAGGUGUUUUUUUGGUUAUUGUAUUUAAGGUGCAAAUAAUUCCAUAUAUGUCUACACAGUACACCACAAGUCUACCAUGACGGUAGAUAUUAUAUAAAUCAAGUCCAAACACCUCUUGAGAAGAGAUUAUUGGUUAGUAUAUAUAGGUACUAUGUAUACAGGAUGAGAUAAAAAAACUGCAACAAAGUCAAA